AUGCUAUACUUUCAAUAUCUGUACCUGUUCGCGCACUGCAAGCCCGAAGAGUUGCAGAAUCUCGUGGACAGCUUGCCGACAACAUUAGAAUAUAAUUUAACUAUCUUCAAACUGAUGACACUUUGGAAGAAUCGUCGCGUUGUUCGCGAAAUUCUGGCCGCUAUGGACAGUGAUUGGUGCGAGUGCGUGAACGUCGAUCAGUAUUUGCAAGUGAUGACGGCGAAAGCCAGCAUCUCGCAUUUUUGCACAAAUGCUAUGCUGAGUUUCAACACGAUCGCCUGUGCGCUCUACUUCGUGGGCGAUUACGCGAUUGGUAUCGCACAUCAGGCCCAGGGUGACAAUGAUACCUUACGACCGUUUCCCAUCAAAAUAACGUUUCCUUUUGAGGCCGAGCAAUCGCCGAUCUAUGAACUGUUGGUCGUCAUCUUGUUUCUGCACGUCAUGUUAAACAUGUACACACUUACUAUUGUGAACGCGCUAAUUUUCACUCUGGUAUUUCAUGCAAGUGGACAAAUUGAUAUCAUAUGUGAAGAGUUCAAAACCAUCUCUGAGAAAAUGUCCUAUUGUGGAUAUUGUGAACAUAAAAUAGGAAUAUUGAUCGAAAGGCACAAGAAAGUUAUAUUAUUUUCCAAGAAUCUCGAUAAACUUUUUUCUUUUAUGGCUUUAAUGCAAGUGUUUUGGAAUACCUUGGUCAUCUGUAGCCUGGGAUUUCUCGUAAUGACAUCUGUUUCUAAUGAAGCUGGCGUGGGAAUGGUGAAAAGUCUACUUGCUUACAUCGGCAUAAUGGUGGAAAUUUUUAUCUUUUGCUUCGCUGGAGAAUAUAUUAGUUUUAAGAGUAAAUCACUCGCCGAUGCAGCGUAUGAAUCUUUAUGGUACAACAUGUCGCCUACGAACGGUAAAAAUAUAUUAUUCGUUAUUAUGAGAUCACAGAAACAAUUAAGCCUUACAGCGGGAGGAAUGGCGAAUUUAUCGUUAGAAGCCUUCGCAAGUAUCAUGAAAGCGUCGGCUUCAUAUGUGUCCGUCUUGAAUGCAAUGUAUUGAUUUUACUUGAAACUAUAGUAUC